CCACAGUUUUUUAUACCAUGAAUCAUAAUCGAAAUCAACCGAGGCAAUACCCAUAUAUUUAAAUCAAAUUUGAAUCAAAUGAAUUUAGUUUGAUUCGAUUAAUUUGCUUUAAUUUCAGUUUCGAUAUUUGAUUUCCGUUACGAAUUGACACCCUAGGAGAUUGAUUCGGUUAGGUAUUCUCAUCGCGCUCUCCAUGCUCUCAGGGGGAGAGGGGGGAGGCAAAGAAAUCAAUCCAACGUCACUCUGCUCUAGAGAAAAAAGAAUAGGUGAAGACCAGUGUACAGACUCCUUUUGAUAUUAUCAUACAAACUUCCCGGGUAGUUUAUCAUUGCAAUCUCUGUCCCGCUUUCCAUCAUCAUCUCCAAGAACCCAUUUGAUACCCACCUCCUCAGCCCAGCUGUUAAGAAUUUUAUGCUCGGGUUUCAGUUACAAUUGGACUAAGUUGUCUUCUCCCACUGGACAUAUUUCAUGGACUGAAUGGUAAUUACAUUUCUAGUCAUACCUCUGCUAAUAUCUGAGUCAGCCAGCUGUCUGUUUGGGAUCUGUGAAGAUUGCUUCACAAAUAAUGCUAGCAGUACUCCAGAGGACGCUUCAAAGCAUUCAUACUGCCACACAACCUCCAAGGCUAACCAAAUUUACUCUUCUUCCCCCUAAGAAUGUAAAGGUGGAAUUUGCUGAUAGGAGUGCAUUCAAUCUGUCGGCUGAGUUUCUUCGUACACACAGCCCUGCUGUUGACAGCAAAAUUAGAUCAGUGGGAGGUGAAAAGGUAAUAUUUGGGCGAUGUCAUGUGGGGAUCAUGUCUGCAGAACCUGUAGGAAACUAUGGAGUGAGAAUAGUUUUCGAUGACUUGCAUAAAACAGGUAUCUAUACAUGGGAUUAUUUGUAUCAUCUUGGAAGCAAUAAGUUUACCCUAAUGAGGAAUUACAUUAAGACCCUUAAGAAGCAUGGUCUUAGCCGGGAUCCAUCGAGGAGAAAGUGAUGGAGGAAUUUUCAGUUGUUCUUGUUAGACUUUUGUUUGCGUCAAAUGGCAUCAACACCAGGAAGGAACCUAGCUUUCGGUGAUAGGCAGAAGAUUAAUUUUCACAUGGCAGGUUGUAACAAUGGGUUGAUGUGGAAUUAUGGCAAAUGUGUCCUCUCUCAACUUGAGGAAAGGAUGUUGAAGUUUUGAAAUUUUUUCAUUUUUCCUUUAUAAGGGCAAAGGUUGUCUGGGUGGCCCGCCCACCAGCUUGGCUAUGCGACUCUCUUAAUUCUGCCACAAAGCAAAUGGUGGACAGGUAGACCCUUACACCCUUUGCUCAGUUGUAAAGUUUCAGUCUAAGUGGCAAAACAAAGCAUUGGGAAAUCUGAAAACUA